ACUGCACGUCAAGAAUAGCAGCUAAGUUCAGAUGAUUGGUUAGGUAAAAACCGGUGUUGGUGUUAUAUUUUUAGCACGUAAAAUAAAAUUAUUGUAAUAGUUCACGUGAUUUUAAUACAAAAUGCCUGCUUCUGAAGAAAAGAAGGUACCUAUUACGUGUAGAUUAGGGCUUAAGCCGUUGACAUGUCAAAACGUGCUCUUCUACUACGCACCAAUCCAGGGGGUUGUCAGCUACACAUCACUCUCCGUUAACGUUAUGAACCCUUCAUUAGUUCUAAGAUUAUUCCCUCGAAGAGACAUCACAAAUAUUUUAUUGGUGAACACCCUUGUCGGGUCUGGUUUAUAUUUGUACAACCGGCCCCACCUCAGCACCUUAGCAAAGAAAGAGCGAGUUUUAUACAGUGCCUUUGGAGCAAUCACUUUUUCACUUGGUUCAGUGUUAAUUUGGGCUAUUCUGAGAAGCGUUGUUCCUGAAAAUGUACCGUUGUGUACCAUUUGUGGUGUUGGUUCAGGACUUGCAAUGAUUAAAUUGGGGCGUGGCUAUGUAGACCAUGUAGAUAGUCUGGUUAAACCCUAAAAACUGACAUGUACCGAUAUUUUAGCAUACCCUAUUUAAAAAUAAACCAAAAUAAGUAGUUCGUAUUUGUUGUAGUCGUUUUUAGAUCUGAGCGAUCAUUUUUCAUAAUUUUUGCAGCACUGAUUGUAGCUAAGAAAGUGUACGCAAAUUUUUUUGUAAUUAUUUAUUCCACUUUCUGUCGUCAUUUUUGUAUAAAUGUUCGAUUUGACGCAAUAAAACUGUUAUUAUGA